UUUGUUCCUCACCCAGCUUCCUUCCCUCCUCGGCAGGCAAGCACCCAAACCCCAUGGACACGGAAGGCUCCACAUCCUGUGUCUCUGUCCACCACAAGGACAAAGUCACAUCCCCACAAUUCCCUCUCAGCUCACAAGCCCCAUCCCCACAUCCAUAUCGACACAACGCAGGAAGCUUCCCAUCUCUCCAUUCCCCACCCCCUGCAGUCUGAAGUCUGAACUCUGAAGAUUACUCAUGGCCUAGUUCCUGUCACGAUUCAUAAAGACCCCGCCUUCACCGAUCAUUCUUGCUCCAUCCGAAAGCGCGUGAUAUUUUGUGGAAUUGGGCUUGGAAAUUGCAUCGUAGGAGAGUUCUUGGGGGAUUGGUUCUGCGUUCUGGUGAGGAGGACGCGAAAGGCGAUGCCUUUCAGCAGCAUGAUCCAGGAGAUGAAGGGCGAGAUCGGCGCAAUCUCGCGGCGCGGCCUGAUGCGGUCGCGGUCGCGGCCGCACAGCACGGGCCGCGUCCAGCGAGUGGAGCCGGACGAGGCGGCGAUGCGGGAGAGCUCCUGGGCGCACGUCCCCCCGGAGCUCCUGCGGGUGGUGCUGGCGAAGGUCGAGGCGGUGGAGGCGCGGUGGCCGGGACGCGGGGCCGUCGUGGCGUGCGCCGGCGUCUGCCGGGGCUGGAGGGGCGCCGUGAAGGAGAUCGUGCGCGCGCCGGAGGCGUGUGGGAGGCUUACCUUACCCAUCUCUCUCAAGCAGCCUGGCCCAAGGGAUGGCCCUCUUAAAUGUUUCAUUAGGAGGAACCGGGCUACUCAGUCAUAUUUUCUGUGCAUUGGAGUCACUGACGGAUUAGCUGAUGAUGGGAAAUUCCUACUUUCUGCCCGCAAAUACCGAAGGCCAUCAUGCACUGAAUACCUGAUUUCACUUGAUGCGCGUGAUACGUCAAAGGGGAAUGGUACUUAUAUUGGCAAGUUAAGAUCAAACUUCUUAGGCACAAAAUUUACUGUCUAUGAUGCCCAUCCACCUUGUGCCGGAGCUGCGGUUUCGAAGGGUUCAUCUGCGCACAUGAUCGGUUCAGCCCAAGUUUCUCCCAUGAAGCCUCUGCCUGCUGGGAAUUAUCCAGUUUCGCACAUUUCUUACGAAGUGAAUGUCUUGGGUUCUAGGGGGCCAAGAAAGAUGAACUGUGUUAUGGAUUCUAUCCCUGUAUCAGCGAUUAAAGAAGGAGGGAUUGCUCCCACACAGACUGAAUUUCCAUCUAGUUCUAGUAACUCCAGCUCGCUCGCAUCAGUUCCAUUCUUUGGAUCGAAAUCAGGCCGACUGGAUGCUCAAUUAACCACUCAGAAUGAAUGUAAGGUGGCUCUGAAGAACAAGUCCCCGAGGUGGCAUGAACAGCUCCAGUGCUGGUGCCUCAAUUUCCAUGGACGGGUAACGGUUGCGUCCGUAAAGAACUUCCAGCUGGUGGCUUCAGAUGAGCGUGCUCCAACUCCAAGUAACCAGGAGGAGGAGGAUGACGUUAUACUCCAGUUUGGCAAGAUAGGGAAGGACCUAUUCACCAUGGACUACCGCUAUCCCAUAUCUGCAUUUCAGGCAUUUGCCAUCUGCCUAAGCAGCUUUGACACCAAAAUUGGUUGUGAAUGAAUCAAGAUCCCAUUUUCAAAGGCUAUGUUGUUGUUGUUGUUAGAUCCCAUUUUCCUACAGGUGUUGGAAUCACAGAAAGUCGAAUCAAAGACAGCAAGGACAAUCUAUACUACUUGAGUUUCAAGAUGGCGAGUUUGGUGAAUGGUGAUUAUAGAGCUAGAUACUUCUAUUCUAUAAUGUCGUGAUAUAAAUAGCAACCUAGCUUUAGUGGGUUUUGUAAGUGUCGGGAAGUCUGAACGACUGAACACCAGGUCCAGAGUGUCCUCUAGUAUUUCGCUUUUCAUUCAGCGUUUGAGUUCAGAUUAAAAUGGAGAGGUCAUAUAUUCAUAUUUGCAUCUAUGUAUGAACCCUUCUGAGAUGACAGAAGGCUCGCAGCCGAAUAUAUUGAUGACAAGGGUUCAAAAUA